AUGAUGGGUAAUAAAGGAGGACCAGAAACUGAUGAACAGCAAAGAUUAAGAUUUCAAGUUGAAUUAGAAUUUGUACAGUGUUUAGCCAAUCCAAAUUAUUUAAAUUUUUUAGCUCAAAGAGGUUAUUUCAAAGAUCAAACAUUUGUUAAUUAUUUAAAAUAUUUAUUAUACUGGAAAGAACCUGAAUAUGCGAGAUACCUAAAGUAUCCCAUGUGUUUAUACUUUUUAGACCUUCUUCAAUAUGAGCAUUUUCGUAGAGAAGUUGUUAAUGCUCAAUGUACUAGAUUUAUAGACGAUCAACAAAUAUUAUUAUGGCAACAUUAUACAAGGAGACGAACAAGAUUAUUACAGCAACAAGCCGAUCAAAAUCCUCCUCAGCCUCCUUGUUCGAUUGUUAAAAGAGAAACCUAA